AUGCCUUCCUAUAACGGUUCCAAACAUAGUACCAUUGUUCACCAAAACCCAAGCCGCUCAUUAUCAACCUAUUACUCGAACAAUUCUUCUGGCAGCCGGUCAUCUAGCCACUCUACUCACUCACACACCACGACCUAUACGAUGGACUACUCUACCUCAUCUGGACCCUAUGGGCACGACCAGGCCCAAUACCGAUCUCCUUAUGCAAAGGAUUACAAUGUCGACGUGUCAAGACAUGGCAGCACUGUUGUCAUCAACCACCAUCGUCCCAAUCCAAGCACUGACGAGCCAAGAGCCUCAGAAUCACGAGGUGCCUUUACUGUCUAUGGCAACAAGCACAAGGAUGAUAGGCGCAAGGAUAACAGUCGAAACUAAGGCUUGUUUGGGCGUCCGAUGUAGCAGUGAGAAAGUAUCUACUUGCAUGGUCUCGGCGUUUCUGGUGUUUUUUUGGGCAUUUUCAGGGAAAUUGUAGGAUAUAUGGGAUGGACUUUUGGACACACAACACUGUACCGUACUAGACAUCAUCAGCUGGGCGUUCAUGAUUGAGGAAUGGGGGGCUAUGGCGAUUAGGGUAGGGGCAGCUUUGACAACACUUUUCUCUUUCAUACAUUCGGGUUCAAUUAGUAGAAAAUAAUAGACAAGAGCAGCAUGGCUGCUUAGAACUGCAAAUCCGGCG